GAUAAAUGAUAAUUUUUAGGCAGAAUUCAUUAGAAUUCUAUUUGUUUUUAUAUUCCGUGUCCGUGACCAAUAUCAAAAGUUUCAAGAGAAGCCAUAAUAUUCUAUUAAGAGAAAGUGCCAUAAAUUCUAAAAAGAAGAAGAGGAGAAUACCAAUCCCCCCUUUAGGGUUAUAUGUGUUGUGAUACCAAUAUAUUAAAGCUAGAAACAAAUGGCCUUUAAUGAAAUUUGUAGAAUUUGUUUAAGCGUUAAUGUACGCAUGUUUAUACUAAAGGAGACUGCCCUCCGAAAUGUAUAUAAAACGUUGACGAACAUUUUUGUGGAUGAGGAUGAGGGGCCCAUAACUGUCUGUUUCAUCUGUCAUGCAAGACUCAUUCGUUGCAGAAGAUUACAACAACAGGCUAUUGAGUCAAAUGCAGUUCUGGAGCAGUUGCUAUCAGGAGGGUCCAUGUCAAUACCAAAACCGCAAGAGGCUAAAGAUAAGAUUCAAUUCUCACCAAUUUGCCAUGUAGAUAUCAGGCCAGUAGAAUGUGAUACAGAAAUUGAUUGUAAGGAUGAAAUUUUUAUUCUUGAAUCUGUUAAAAUUGAGGAAGAGAAUUUCGAAAAUGGGAAUUCCAAAUUUGAAGAAAAUGAGAAUUAUGAAAUAGAGAUUGCUGGAAAAGCAGAAGAAUUGGAGAUUGAUGCUUUUGGAGAUAGACAAACGGAUUCAGAGAAUGACUUGCCACUAAUAAUUGCAUUUGGUUCAAAAAGUAAAGAGAAAUCGAAGACUGUAGAACUAAAACAAAAACGCAGAAAUAAUAAAAAAGAUGAUGAUAACAUAGAACCGUCUGAGAAAAAGAUUAAAUCAAAAUGUGAUAGUAACAUAAACGACGUACGUAAAGAAAACCUCGAUUCUGAAAGCCCUACUAUUAAAUCAAACCCUAAAAUGAAAAAAGGUAAUCAACCAAUUAACAAAAAAGGAAAGCAUUCUGCGAAGAUUAUAAAAAAGAAAAUUAUGAAACAAAAGAGUGUAAAUAUACUUACGAAAAAAACAUCAGGGGCAACAACAAAAUACAUCUUUGAAUGUGAUGGUUGUAACAAAAAAUUUUCAACAAAAGACAUUCUCGCCAAACACAUAUCAUACAGUGAAUAUAAAUGCAUUAAAAAAAGUACUUUGCAAAGACAUAUGAAAAUACAUACCGGAGAAAAACCUUUUUCGUGUAAUAUCUGUGAAUAUAAAUGUAUUACAAAAAGUAAUUUGCAAUUCCAUAUAAUUAGAAAACACACUGUAGAAAAACCUAUUUCGUGUCAUAUCUGUGAAUAUAAGUGUUUUGCAAAAAGUAAUUUGAAAACACAUAUUAUGAAAAUGCACACCGGUGAAAAACCUUUUUCGUGUAAUAUCUGUGAAUUUAGAUGUACUUUAAAAAGUAGUUUGCAAAAUCAUAUGAAAAUACACACUGGAGAAAAACGUUUUUCGUGUAAUAACUGUGAAUAUAGGUGUAUUACGAAAGAUAGUUUGAAAUACCAUGUUAUUCAAAAACACACCGGAGAAAAACCUUUUUCGUGUAAUAUCUGUGAAUAUAAAUGCAUUAAAAAAAGUACUUUGCAAAGACAUAUGAAAAUACAUACCGGAGAAAAACCUUUUUCGUGUAAUAUUUGUGAAUACAAAUGUAUUACAAAAAGUAAUUUGCAAUUCCAUAUAAUUAGAAAACACACCGGAGAAAAACCUAUUUCGUGUCAUAUCUGUGAAUAUAAGUGUUUUGCAAAAAGUAAUUUGAAAACACAUAUUAUGAAAAUGCACACCGGUGAAAAACCUUUUUCGUGUAAUAUCUGUGAAUUUAGAUGUACUUUAAAAAGUAGUUUGCAAAGUCAUAUGAAAAUACACACUGGAGAAAAACCUUUUUCGUGUAAUAACUGUGAAUAUAGAUGUAUUACGAAAGAUAGUUUGAAAUACCAUGUUAUUCAAAAACACACCGGAGAAAAACCUUUUUCGUGUCAUAUCUGUGAAUAUAAAUGUAUACGAAAAAGUUAUUUGAAAACACACAUUUUAAUUCACACCCGUGAAAAGCCCUUUUCGUGUAAUAUCUGUGAAUAUAAAUGUAUUACAAAAAGUAUUUUGCAAAGGCAUAUGAAAAUACACACUGGAGAAAAACCUUUUUUGUGUAAUAUCUGUGAAUUUAGAUGUAAAAGAAAAGAUAAAUUGCAAAAUCAUCUAAAAAUACACACUGGAGAAAAACCUUAUUCGUGUCAUAUCUGUGAAUUUAGAUGUAUUAAAGAAAGAAAGAAAGAAAGAAAGGUAUAUUCUCCAAAAUUUCGCCAUCACAGAUAACAUAAAAAAGAAACACAUAAUUUACAAAUAAUAUUGGCUAUACAAUACAAAUUACAAUAUACUACAUAUUACAAACUAUACAAUACCAAUACUCAUAUGUGUCAAGGCGUCAUCUGGGAACAGGAGCACACUCAGCAUAAUGCCAUGAAUUUUUUUUUUCUCUCCAUGGCGCUGAUUUUCAGUGUGUCCAACCAGUGACUUACCGAAAUCAGUGCUAUACGUAUACUCAUGACAGAAUUAUGCACAACAAGGGGGAAAGAAACAGUAACUAUCUUAAGUGAGAGGGAGAGAGUAGAGUUCAAGGUCGAAUGCCACUUCGACACAGCACGUCCCGUUUAUGUUGCUUUCAGACGCUCUUAGAAGGGCUAUACGAACACUACAAAAGGGGAGAUUAUUAAAAUACUAUAAAGGGCUAUAUACUACAAAAGGGAAAUUAUUAAAAUACUAUAAAGUGCUAUAUAAUAAAAUGACCAGAUAAUUUG